AUGGAUUUGUCAAAUAAUGGAAUUGAUCAAGACAUAUCUGAAAUCCUACGGAGUCUGUCUAAAUGUUGUUUGGAGAGCUUAGAGUCAUUGAGUAUGGAACUUAACCAACUUUCUGGCCAUUUAACUCAUAAACUUGGGCAAUUUAAAAAUCUAGCUUACCUGGACCUUUCUCGAAACAACAUUUCUGGUCCCAUUCCACUGUCGAUAGGGGAGUUAUCAUCUUUGAAGGUCUUUGAUGUUUCAGAAAAUCAAUUAAAUGGUACUCUUCCUCCAAAUUUUGGAAAAUUGGCAAAUUUAGAAGCUUUAUAUAUUUGGGAAAAUCAAUUAAAUGGUACUCUUCCUCCAAGUUUUGGGCAGUUGAAAAAUUUAGAAGCUUUAUGUAUUGGUCAAAACAACAUUUCUGGUCCCAUUCCACUGUCGAUAGGGGAGUUAUCAUCUUUAAAGGUCUUUGAUGUUUCAGUAAAUCAAUUAAAUGGUACUCUUCCUCCAAGUUUUGGGCAGUUGAAAAAUUUAGAAGCUUUAUAUAUUGGGCAAAAUCAGUUGGAAGGAGUUGUAUCGGAAACUCAUUUUUCUAAUCUCACAAAGUUGUCAACGUUGUCUGCAUCCGGAAACAUGUUGAGAUUUGAACCAAACUCAAGCUGGAUUCCUCCGUUUCAAUGUGAAAUUAUCGAAUUGAGUCAUUGGCAUCUUGGCCCCAAGUUUCCCCAGUGGUUGAAGUUCCAAAAGAAGUUGUCUCUUUUAGAUCUCUCUCAUGCGGGAAUAGCGGACGUCGUGCCCACUUGGUUUUUGAACCUUUCCUUUCAACAUCGAAAGUUAAAUCUUUCCUCUAAUCAACUUACUGGAGGGAUUCCAUAUUUGACAGUAGGAGACAUUGUCGACCUGAGUUCAAACCGAUUCUCUGGUCCACUGCCAAGACUUUUGCAACCUUUGGUAUAUUUAAGUUUGUCAAGGAAUUUAUUUUCAGGAUCCCUUUCUGAAUUUGUUUGCAAUUCAUCAGUGACAUCAAUGAUCGCUCUUCACAUUGAUACAAAUCUUCUCUCUGGAGAAAUUCCAGAUUGCUGGAACCGUUGGUGGAGUUUGUGGCUCUUAAAUUUGGGAAACAACAAUUUGACAGGAAGAAUCCCAUCUUCUUUGGGAGACUUGGAACUUAAAAUGCUAAACCUUCGGAACAAUAGCAUGUUUGGAGAAUUACCCUCCAAUUUGCAAAGUUGGUGGGGUUUGUCUUUUCUUGAUCUCAGUGAAAAUCAUUUCAGUGGAAGAAUACAUGCAUGGAUUAGUGACGGGCUCUCUAACCUUAUGGUACUAAGCCUCCGGUCAAAUAACUUUGUUGGGCAUAUCCCUCAUCAAAUUUGCGCUCUUCAAUAUCUUCAGAUCUUGGACCUUGGACACAACGACAUUUCAGGAGCUAUUCCAAAAUGUUUGAGAAAUUUAACGGCAAUGGCCAUUAAAGAAAAACAAAGUGAGAACUAUUACAGUGGGAUAUCGUUCGAUAGAAGAGAAGAAAACAUCAAUUAUUUGACGAGUGUGUCAUUGGUGCUGAAAGGGCGAGAGGACUUGUAUAGUACCACACUGGAACUUGUUACAAGCAUAGACCUUUCAGCUAAUAGUUUUACAGGAAAGAUCCCAAAAGAACUUGGAAGUCUCAUUGGGCUAUUGUCAUUAAAUUUGUCAGGGAAUCUCCUAACAGGAAAUAUACCAGACAGCAUUGGCAACUUGGAGUUGAUGGAAUCACUUGAUUUGUCGAUGAAUCGUUUGCAUGGUGGAAUCCCUUCAAGUUUCUCAAAUUUGAACUUCUUGAAUCACUUCAACGUGUCCUACAACAACCUGACAGGACAAAUCCCAACAUCCACUCAGCUUCAAAGCUUUGAUAACUCUUCCUUCAUGGGCAAUCAUCUCUGCGGGCCUCCUGUGAGUAAAAGCUGCAGCACUAAAGGUGUUCCUACUGAUGCUUCAAAGAAUGGAGAAAGCAGUGGAAGAAGUAAAGUGAACGGGUUUUAUGUGAGCAUGGUUGUUGGGUUUGUAAUGGGAUUUUGGGGAGUGGUGGCUCCCCUGUUUUUCAUCAGGUCAUGGAGGCAUGCAUAUUAUGGAAAGCUGGAGCAUAUUGGUAACAAGGUGUAUGUGUUUUGGGCUACUAAAUGUAUUUAG